CUGUUAUGUAAACAAUCAAAGUGAGCCAGUUUAAUUCUAUUUAUUGCACUGAAAGAAUAGUCUGCAGUAGAACAGUACACACAAAUAAAAAAUAAACAGUAUAUGGUAGGCAAUACGAGAAGUUGAUGUGAUUUGUUUAAUUGGUAUGACAAAAAAACAAGACACGUUUCCUUUAUUUAUCAGUUCCCCUUUAAGAAGAAGGUAAUGAAAAGGUUAAUUGUUUUUGUGCAUCUGCACUGCAUCCACACGUUGCUUUCUAAGAUGCUCAGCAAACAGCAGGAGGAAGCCAGAUGACUGAUGCUCAACAUCUGAAAGAUACAAAUCGUCCCCCUGAAUGUGGAGCCCGUUUUCUACUUCUUUUUCUAUCAAUAAUCAGAGACUCAAUGUUCUCGCUGAGCUAAUUGUGGAUUUUAACUAAGAAAAGCGUUCUUUUUUUUCAUCUGCCGGAUCCAUCAUCCCAGGGUGAGGCUGCAGUAAAAGGUAAGGCUUGAGCUAAAUUCUCUCCAUAGAAUAAGCCACAUUUUUAAAUAUGCUGAACCAUUUCAAAGUAAUGUUGAUGGAUGGCCUUGUGAUUUGACUAUAGAUCUGUAGGCCUCAAACAUGCAGGGGUGUGUCCACAUUUUUUUUUUUUUACUGCAGAACUGGGAAACAGACUUAUGAAGGGGUGAAAUUAAGUAGAAGUAGAAAAAAGCUAUUUUUUAUUGAAUAAUCAUAUCUUCCAGCAGUAAGUUAUGCAUUACAGCCCAGUACAUUUUAGUCCCGCCUCUCACAAGAGUGCUAGCCAAUCACUGUCUAGCAUUAUUAGUUGACAUCUGGGAUUGGACAAUCAGAUUUCUAGUUGGGGCAACUUGUCACCCCCUGAAAACACCCCUGCAAGUAUGCAGUUUGACAUUGAGUGCCAAAACUUUUAAUUUCAAUAUUGUAUUCACUCUAUCAAAUCUGAAAGACCCAAAGCCUCUUUGAAGGGACGGCUUCUUGCAAAUGGUUUGAAUUUCUAUUCCCAAUGCACCAAAUAUUCUCUUAAACCUGCAGACGGACCAUCAUGUCAAGCUGCCCAGACACUCUACUGUUUCGUUUCCCCGCCCACACUGACUCCAUCCUCAGCAAAAUAAACGGGCUGAGAGAGGCGCAACACUUCUGUGACGUCACACUCCUCCUCUCAGGUCCACCAGGAGCCAUCGCCCAGCCCCGUUAUUUCCACGGUCACAGAGUGGUCCUUGCGGCGUCCUCAGACUUCUUGCGGGACCAGUUUCUCCUGCACGAGGGUCAGGCUGAGCUGAGUGUGGGUGUAGUUUCCAGUGUGGAGGUUGGGUGGAGGCUUCUGCUGUCGUGUUACACUGGGCUCUUAAAGGUCCCCCUGAGAGAGCUGGUGAGCUUCCUGACUGCAGCGAGUAUGCUCCAGAUGACCCAGGUGGUGGAGAAGUGUGCCCAGGCCAUUUCCACUUACCUCGAUCCCACCCUAGCAUUCUUGAAACUGGAUGGACACUCAGAAAGGGAGAGGGAAAUCCAGCAGCAAGACAGCAGCCACUCAGGAACUCACUUUAAAGCUAAGGAGGAAAGGGAUGCAGCCCAGGCCAGCACUAGCAACCAGGAAGCCAGCACCGAGGAAUGUGGAGCAGCUGUGAUUCAGCUUAAGUUGAGGGUCAGCCGAGGAAAAAAGGCAGCGAUUGAAGAACUGUGUGAGGUCAGAGGUGACAAGAGAGCAAAUGUAGACAAUGAAGAGUUUUUUGAAGGUGCAUCAUGUUGUCUGGACACCCUGGAGUUGGAGGAAGCUGGAAAAAUCACACCUGAUCAAACAAACAAGCCAGAAAGUUCUUCUCAACUUGAGGAAUUGUUGAACAAUACUAGGAAACAAGAUAGAAAAGAAGAAGAAGAAGAAGAGGACAAAAGAGAAGAAGAAACAUUGUUGCUUGUAGCUAAACCACAAGAAUGUAGAGAUAUGGCAGACUUAGAUCUGACACAGGAUUCAGACAACCCAUUGGUCCAAAGGCCCUACUUGUGCAGGAGGUGUGAUAGAGUCUUCCAGCACCUGGAGAGCUAUGUAGGCCACCUGAAGGAACACAGACAGUACCUGUGUUUGGUCUGUAGGAAAGUAUUUUCCCAGAAGAGCAACCUGACCCGACACAUACAGGUCCACACCGGUGUCAAGCCUUUCAGGUGCCCGCUGUGCCACAAGACGUUUUCCCAGAAGGCCACGCUGCAAGACCACUUCAACCUGCACACAGGAAAUAAGCCCCUUAAAUGUCACUGCUGUGGUGUGCACUGUGCUCAUAAACUGGAUCUCAGGCGCCACCUUAAGGGCAUUCAUGGUAAAUGCAGCCUGCAGAACAUGCUGGAGGCUGUGGACUGAUAAUGAAGUAGUUACUGUGGAGUAUACGAAAAAAAAAAAAACAAGGUAACAUUAAGUACAAUAUAAUUCUAAUAAUCAUGACUUGCGGGCUUAUAAAUAUAAGGGAUUAUAAUUCAAAUUGUUUUGAUUUGUGUUGCAAUGGGUUUUUUUGGUUGUUUUUUCUGAAACUGAGGUCACAUAAAAUAUUUAAUUAAUUAAAUGAUAGAAAUAUAUUAUAAUGAUAAUGUGACUGAUAAGUGGGAGACAGUAUAAAUAAUGAAAAAGCUAUAAAAACACUCAAACCAAUAGAACAACUUAUUGAAAUAGGAAAGAAUUU